AUGCGACUGUCCGAGUUCAGGUACACCCUGGUGCUGGUCGUCCAGCUGGCGUUGCUCGCCGUCGACCUGUUGUUCAACACGUUCAUCCAUCGGUACCUGGCCAACACGGGCAUUUCCAUUUUGCUCUUCGUGCUCCAAGACAUCGGUCAGCUGGUCGCCAUCGCCGUGUUGCUCAUCACGUUCUUCCAGACCAACAUAUUUCAGGCCGGUUUCAUUGUGCUGCUGUUCAACGAGUUCCGGUCGACCAUCAUCACUGGCAUCGGUUAUUUUAUACUGACCCUAUUCGUGCAGGUGUGGACUCUUACGAACCGUUUCAAGGGCCAGGUGUAUUUCUACUGGCCGGACGGACCUUACGUGUUUUUUGUCCUGCACAAGUUCACUUCAUGUUUGCAUUACUACUUGUACAAAAGAACAGCCCUAUGUAUAUCAGAUCCAAAAUUUUACACCGAUGAAUGGAUAAACCAUCGUAUAAAUCAAGAAUCAGAUCAGAGAAGUCCUAAGUAUUGA